GGUGGCUUUGGGGAGAGGCGGAGUUAUCUGCCGGAGUGGGGGGGUAGGACUUUGGGCGUGGCUUUGGCUCGUAAGUGGGCGGGGCUACGUUCAGGCGGUGGCCGGCUCCUUUGGCCUGCUGUGGGAACUCGGUGGAAACUCGCGAGUGCUGCCAGGCUCCCGCGAAGCUCUGCGCCUGCGCAGUGCUGGGGCUGAGGAGCGGGGCCGGGGUGGCUGGUCGCCGAGCGGGCGGGGAUCGUCGCCAACAUGAGCGGGACAUUGGCCAAGAUCGCGGAGAUAGAGGCUGAGAUGGCCCGGACGCAGAAGAACAAGGCAACGGCUCACCACUUGGGGCUGCUGAAGGCUCGCCUGGCCAAGCUGCGGCGGGAGCUCAUCACUCCGAAAGGAGGCGGCGGCGGCGGCCCCGGAGAAGGUUUUGAUGUUGCAAAGACUGGUGAUGCUCGAAUUGGGUUUGUGGGUUUCCCCUCAGUGGGGAAAUCUACUCUGCUGAGUAACCUUGCUGGUGUGUAUUCUGAAGUGGCAGCAUAUGAGUUCACCACACUAACUACUGUGCCUGGAGUCAUUAGAUACAAAGGAGCAAAGAUACAGCUUCUUGAUCUCCCAGGAAUUAUUGAGGGAGCUAAAGAUGGGAAAGGAAGAGGCCGGCAGGUCAUUGCAGUUGCUCGAACCUGUAACCUAAUUCUGAUUGUUCUGGAUGUACUGAAACCACUGGGACACAAAAAGAUAAUCGAGAAUGAACUGGAGGGCUUUGGAAUACGGCUGAACAGCAAGCCCCCCAACAUUGGUUAUAAGAAGAAAGAUAAAGGUGGCAUCAACCUCACAGCUACUUGCCCUCAGAGCGAGCUAGAUGCUGAAACAGUGAAGAGCAUCUUAGCAGAGUAUAAAAUUCAUAAUGCUGAUGUCACGCUGCGCAGCGAUGCCACCGCUGAUGACUUAAUCGACGUUGUUGAAGGAAACAGAGUUUAUAUCCCAUGUAUUUAUGUGCUGAAUAAAAUUGACCAGAUAUCCAUUGAAGAACUGGAUAUCAUUUACAAAGUGCCACAUUGUGUACCAAUCUCUGCUCACCACCGCUGGAAUUUUGAUGAUCUGUUGGAGAGAAUUUGGGACUACCUGAGGCUGGUGCGAAUCUACACCAAACCUAAAGGACAGUUACCAGACUACACUUCUCCUGUGGUGCUUCCUGACUCCAGAACCACAGUGGAGGAUUUUUGUAUGAAGAUUCACAAAAAUCUUAUUAAAGAAUUUAAGUAUGCACUGGUCUGGGGUUCGUCUGUUAAACACAAUCCGCAGAAAGUUGGCAAAGAUCACACACUUGAGGAUGAGGAUGUCAUUCAGAUUGUGAAGAAAUAAAAUUGUUCCUGCUAACUUGCCAUGGGG